AUGUCUCCAUUCUCCAACGACUUCCCAAGCGCCUCUCCGGUCAUGGCAAUGUCACCUCAACCGGUCCACCAGUCACCAUUCGCCGCACCUUUCACGCAUCAACCCUUUUAUCCACAGCCCAAGGGACACCCGACAUCAGCAUUAAUGUCGCUCCAGACUCCUGUUCGCCUCGGCAAGAAACGUUCUCGCGAUGAGGCAGCUAGUAACCUUGAACCUGACGUGCCGCUCCCGAAAGCAGAGGAGCCUGAAGACGAGUGGGUCUACGGACCCGGCAUGGUCCUAAUCACGGCCAACAAAGGCUACAUCGCCGAUGCCACCAACCAGUCCGGCACCUGGCUGGAAGAGAAAAAAGCCGUCGAUAAGGAGACCCGUCGGAAGCAGGAGGAAGCUAUGCUCCCUCAAAGGAACUCCAAACUACGUCGAAGAGACCUUCAGAAUGACGCCAAAGCCGGUGGCCUAACCAUGACAAUCGCAUCUCCAACUACCUCUGGCAUGGGAGAGCCAUCCCCCACAACAACUGAGCCAGUUUUCGACAACGUUUCUCUUCACCUUGGCAUUGGAUGGAAAAAAAUGAGCGACGAUGAGCAUGUCCAGGCAGCCGCCCGAGGCUGGGCUCGCUACAUUGAGAACCAUUUCCCGGUUACUGAUGCCUGCAUCCGGUUGGAGAGCAAGGGCCUUCAAUCCUACCUUGUCGAAUCAUCAGAGGGGUUCUACCUGUUCUCGGAAAACUUGCACCAAGGACGACUGGUCAGCACCAACAUUGAGGGCGCGAUCCGCAACCUCCAAUCAUCUCCGCCCAUUUUUGACGGCGCAGAUAUUCUGACCAAGGCCGACUCGCCUUGCUUUACGACGGCGCAUGGUGAUUCCGAAAUGCACAUGGGCUGA